AUGGACACUUUACGGAAAUAUAAACAGCGUGAGUCGAACAACUGGCAGGCGAGUAAGAAUCUUGUAGGAUGCCUUGACCAUAUUCUCAGCACUGAAAGAAUGGCCGACAUUGCCAUUGUCUUCCCGGGGCAAGGGAAGGGAGAGGUCAGUAUUAACGCUCACAGAUUGAUCCUUGCCGCACGAAGCCCAGUGUUCGAGAGCAUUUUCUUUGGGACGGAGUCGAAGAAGAGCCGUUACAUCGAGGAGACUGACAUUCCACCAGGUCCAUUUAAAGUCUUGCUGAAGUAUAUAUACACAGACGAAGCAGACUUAACGGCAGAGAAUGUUCUCCACGUUCUCAAUGCUUCAGAGAAGUACAAGGUCCCUUCGUUGACACAGAAAUGCUGUGCUCACCUCAUCCCCAUCCUGUCACCAGAGACAGUCUGCGGAGUCUUGGAAACGGCGUGUAACUUUGGCCUCACAGAACUACAGAUGCGAUGUUACGUCUAUAUCGACGAACACGCCACAAAAGUUCUUACCACUGAAGGCUUUGUUCGACUAUCCAGACCAGUGAUGGCGAAGGUCAUCAAGAGGCGUACCCUGGACAUCACAGAACUGAACGUGUACAAAGCCGUGGUGGCCUGGGCGGAGAUGGAACUGAAGAAACAGAAGAUGGACAAGUCGGCAGAGAACAAGAGAAAGAUGAUAGGUGCAGAGUUCUCGCUGCUAAGGAUCCCUUGUAUACCACAACAACAGUUCGCAGACCACGUGGUGAAAGGGAACCUGCUGACUGGAGACGAAGUUCUGCAGGUGUUCAUGCACUACACAGCAUCGGACAAAAAACCUCUGAGGUUUGUGGACACUCGGCCGAGAAAACCAGGUCUGAUUAAGGUAAACCGGUAUACGUCCAGUCGAGACAUAACCACUGCCUGUAAGGGUCCGCUAACAGGGAAGGUGAACAUAGAAGUGAAUGAAAACAUGAUCCUCCUAGGCUUUAUGGUGAAGGGCCUCAGGUUUAAGUGUCUCAUCGAAACGUUGCCUUUGAACAAAGUAGUCGGUCAUGUCGACGUCACGUGCGGUAAGACGAAAGAAAAGAUUCUGAUAUCAGUUAACUGCCCGGAAGCCACAGACAGGUGUCCCAUUGAGAGGAUAAACUUUGACAGACCGGUGCUUGUGGAGAAGGGCAAAACGUGUGAGAUGGACUUCAACGUCACAUUCAGUCACGAAACAAAGCAAAUUGGUGUUCAACAAAGUGACAUGCAAAUUAUGUACUCUGCUGGAAUGAAUGCAACGGAGGACGUUACUAUUGACGAUUUGGAGGUUAAGUUUCCCAAGUCAAGUUCCGGAAAUGCGUUACCUUGGUUGGCUACAUUUGUUAUGGCCCCAUUCUCAGAUUAA